UUAAUCAUUUGGUAUCUAACACCCCAAUACCUAAUUUAAUAGAACUUGAAUCUCGAUAUAAAGUUACAAAUAAUGUUCUCGGUGUAGGCUCCUUCGCUAUCGUAAAAGAAUGUACGGAUAAAGUAACAGGGGAAAGUUAUGCAUUAAAAAUUAUUUCAAAGAAAGUAAUAAAACAAGGAAAAGAAGAUAUGCUUACUACCGAACUUGAUAUUCUCAAAAAAAUCCAGCAUGAAAACCUUGUAAAAUUACAUGAUCUAUAUGAAACAAAAGAAGGAGUUUACAUUGUAACUGAUCUUGCGAGAGGUGGAGAAUUGUUUAAUCAACUUUUAUUGAAAGGAUCUUAUACAGAAAAAGAUGCAGCUAAUUUGGUGCACCAAAUGUUAAAGGGAGUAGCGUAUUUACACGAGCAGGAUAUAGUGCAUAGAGAUUUAAAGCCAGAAAAUCUUCUUUUUAAAACUAAAUUAGAUGAUUCAAUGCUUAUGAUUACAGAUUUUGGACUUUCAAAGAUUUUAAAAACAAAUGACGAUGUAUUGAUGACGGCUUGUGGUACUCCAGGUUAUGUAGCUCCAGAAGUACUUUCGCAAAAAGGUUAUAAUAAGCCAGUAGAUCUUUGGAGUGUUGGUGUGAUCACUUAUACCAUGUUAUGUGGAUAUCCACCAUUUUAUGGAGAAAAUCAAGCCGGGUUACUUCAAUCCAUCAUAGCAGGAAAAUAUGAUUAUGAAGAAGAUGAUUGGGGUGAAAUAUCUGAUGAUGCAAAAGAUUUGAUUGACAGCUUAUUGUGUUAUGACCCGCUAAAAAGAAUCACAGCAAAAGAAGCACUUAAACAUAAUUGGUUCAUUUCGGCAGCAGCAGACGUGAAUCUUAUUGAUAAUGUACGAAAAAAUCUUUCGCCAAAAGAUACUUUUAAAAGAGCAGUCCUUCUUGUUCAAGGGGUAAAUCGUCUACAAAAAUUAUCAAGGAAUAGGCAACAAACUGAUAAUGAUAAACAAGAGAUAUUUUAG